AGCUCUCCCUCUCCCUCUCCGGGCCUGUCACCUCACCUCACCACUGAAGAAACCACCAGCAGCAGCAGCUCACACAAAGCUCAGCAGCUCCAUCUCCCCUCGGCCUGCCUGUCCCUCCCUAUCUGCGACUGCAAUCAUGGGCAAGAAGGGCGGCGGCGGCCACGCCGGGGACAAGGACGGCGUUGCCAAGCCCACGGCCUUCGUGCUCACCGUGUCCAUGCACUGCCGCUGCAAAGGCUGCGACGACAAGAUCCGCGCCGGCGUCAAGGACCUCACCCUCCACCACGGCAUCGAGGCGCUGGACCAGUCGGCGCUGUGGACCAAGGGCGAGCUGCGGGUGGUGUCCGCCGCGGACCCCGAGAAGCUCCGCCGCCGCCUGCACAAGGCCACCGGCAAGAACGUCGACCUCGCCAUCCCCAAGCCGCAGCAGGCCGUCGACAAGAAGCAGGCCGCUGCCGACAAGGAUACCGCUGCCGCAAUGGAGGAGCUGCUCCGCCGCAGCCUGCAGCAGCAGCAGCAGGUGCUGCCCGGCGCCGCCGCCUGGGGCGCGCUCCAGCAGCCAGGGGGCUACGGCUACGGUGCCGCGGCGGCUCAGGCGUACCCGUGGGCCCUGCAGGUGCCACAGCCGGAGGCCUACCCGUCCUACCACCACUACCCGGCGGCGGCGGCCACCGGCGGCGCCUGGGGCGCGUACGCGUACCCCUCGGCGGCACAUGGAGCCUACGGCGGCGGAUGGCUCGGCCAUGGCGCCUACUGAUCGAGGCAGAGCAGCUGAGCCCCCGCAGAGAGAGUACUGAGAUGAACCGGCUAUCUUGCUAGCUAGCACUGCACUACUCGUGUGUUAGUAAUGUACUACACUACUACUCCUAGUUACUACUUCCUUUCAAAAUUCCAAAACUUUACAAAAUUUCCUAUCACAUCGAAUAUUUCAACAAAUAUAUGAAGUAUUAAAUGUAGCUAAACAAAAUAACUAAUUAUACAAUUUAUCUAUAAUUUGCGAGACGAAUCUUUUAAGCCUAGUUAAUUUAUGACAGAAUAAUAAUUACUAAAUUCAACAUCCAAAACUUUACACAUCUAAACAAGGCCUUAGUAAGCUUAGAUUAGAUCCAUGGACGUACCUACCAGUUGUGAUGGAGUUUGUCUGCGGUAGCUGCUUGUGGUUGUUUUCUGUUGGGUGAUAAGUACUGUACGCUGGGCUCUCAUGUCAUUGCUGCUCUGUAUGUAAUAUUUUGCACUUGAUGAGUGGUGAAGUAAAAAAAGGUAGGAAUUUGUUUGAACA